GCAAAAAACAUGAGCAUGUCGCAAAAGCUGCAGUGUAUUGUGUGAGAAAUGUCAAUUCGCGAGGCGGGGGAAGUUUCCUCUUCCUCAUUAUUAAUCGGCGAGCCUUUCAUCUUUGCGCUUUGAAUUCUUCUCAAGCCUUUUCAAUCGCUGCGCAUUGUCCCGCCUGCGUCCGUUCUUAGAUUUGUUCUUGUCAGCUGAACUUCUUGCACGGUUCAUCUUUUAUGUUUUUUUCCUCCAACAGAAGAGAGAAAAGAAAGAAAGAUGAACUGCGCGAGAAGUUAACAACAAUUAUGACGAACGAGUUCUUCUCUUACUUGCGUGUAUGAUAGUAUUCCGUGUUAAACUUAUAGACAGUUGUAAAUAAAUUGCGUUUGUCGCGAUCUGUUUUAUCUAACACGUAGCACGAGAUAGAAUUUCAGAUUAGGAGCGUCGAUAAGGGAAGCUUCUGCCAACGAUAAGUCAGAGUGCACUUUGCUGAAUUCAUAGAAUACCGCGCGUUGGUAAUUUAUCUACGAGGCUGCAACAACGUCUCUUCUCCCUGUCUCUCUCGGUAUCCUUUCUCGUCUCUCUUCCCGAAGAGAUUGAUAAUUUAUAGGAUGAUUGAUAUUGCAAUGUUAAAACGUAGAUACGUAUAGUCGACGAUUUGCGUUCGUUUCCAAGAAGAUCCUCUCUCGGGCAGCAUCCAUUAAAAUUAUUUUGAUCACGUAGGGAAGAUUAAUCGUUCAGACGAGCGUGAGAUAAAUAUUAUCUUUAGCUCGUUUAUUCUCCCCAGUGGUAAUUAAUCGUAAAAAAAAAAGAGAAUUCGUUAUACAGUAUUACCGAGACUGGUGCCACUUUGCGAUCGUUUCGAGCCUCACAGUCCUCCCUCUUCUCGCUUCUCCCGUUUACUCUCACCUUUCCCGUUGCAUGCGUUAAGUACAUAUUUAAGCAGUUUAUCGACGUCCUUAUCUCGCACGCAAUGGUUGCCGAGACAGAUUGCUACGCGUACAUUCCGCGUGAACAUCGUGAUCCGGAUGCGCGAACUGGCGACGUCGCCUUCCCCGGACGGCGCUCCUUUUCUCAUUCGAGUUCUUCUUUUCCUCUUCACUCGAGGGGACACUUAAAAUCCGAGAGACGCGCGGGUUUGAUUAAUUCGCUCAUGGGGAGGAGGAGGGGGGGGGGUAAUGAAGGCGUCGGCGAGGAGCGUUCGACGAGGCGUUCGCGUCCGCGCGUCGCGCCGUUGUGCGCGCACAUAAGCGAUGCGCCGUAAAUUUUAUACACACAAUGUGUCGCGAGCCUCGACGCGUGAGCCGUCGUCGGGCGCCGGUCUGGACGGUGCGAUCCAGUUGAGCACGAGCUACCAGUUGAGACUGGCGUCGGGCAGCGAGGAAGCCGACGACGACGGCCGCGCCAAGACGAUCCCGCGAUCGCCUUCUAUUUUCCGCCUUCGUGGUGUGUCCUCGCGAGGGAGAUCCCCGCCGACUCGGCGACUAAUCCGGCGGGAUCUUCCGGCCCGGUGGUUACCGUUACCGAAGACGUCAACGUCCCGAAGAUCGCGCAACUUGAAAAAAGGCGACCCUGCGGUUAUGGGGAGGAAAAAAGGAGGAGCGCUUUCCGAACCGGUGAUCCACAACGAAGACCCCCGUCGGCGUCACUAUUUUUUCUUGAGGGAGAGGACCGUGUCGCGUUGCGUCAUUCGACGGUCAUGCUCGGGUGACGUUUGUCGCGCGCCUAUCGGCUCGGUUUAUUGACAAAGUCGCGAAUUCUUGGCAGGCUGCAACGUAAUUAGCCGACUGUGCCGGCUCGCACCGCGAUCCCGCAACCGGCACCGCGGAAGAGUUAUGCCACCGUCGAAAAUAUCCCGGACAGCGCGCUCGCGGAUAACACCGGUGGAGGUGUUAAGCGAGGAGGUGUUAACACCGUCUUGUCCCCGCUCGUCGCGACGACGUAAACACCGUCGGCUAGACGCGAGAUCGUCCAGCGGCUGCGAACUGCGUUGAGAGUCGACCGCCGCCGAGAGUUUUCACACCGCGGAUCCCGGACGAGGACGAGGUCGAGGAUGAGGGAUACGUGAUCCGCGGGCUGCGAUCGAUAGACUCUGACACGUCGUACGUCGCACGAUUUUUGCUUGUUGAGACGAGAGGAAUCCCCGCGGGAGUCCUUAAGGCUCCGCGGCUGAGACGCGAUUCGUUUAAAAUAGCCUCGGUUUCACCCCGCGCGAGAUG